AUGUUUUCCACCAAAAGCCCUCAGAGUUCGUGGAGUAUUCCCACUACAUUAGUAUGGAAAGCUGAGGCAUUUGAAAUGAUUCAUAUAAAAAUCAUAACAAAAAUUGGCAUAUCUGUUACCUGGUCGUUUAUGGAUGAAAUUGCAUGUGAUGCCGGAUACAAUCAUAUUAUGUCACUAAUUGAUGUACCAAAAGAUAUCGAUUCUUUGUUUGCCUGUAAAUUUCGUUCAUCUUUGGAAGCUAACAUUCCAAGCCAUCCUUUCCUUCUAAGUGCCUGUGAACUGUUGCAGAUCAAUGAUGUAGACAGUGCAUUAGAUACGGCAUUAGUGUGUUUUGAAUUUCGUCGUAUGAAUUUUGAUGAGGCAUGGAAAAUAACAGAUAUUAACAAUGAGUUCAGGAUUUGUUCUACAUAUCCUAGACAUCAUAUUGUGCCUCGGUCUAUCAGUGACAAUGAUAUAAUUAAUAUGGCGAGUUUUCGAAGCCACAAUCGAUUUUUAACAGUUGUUUGGCGUUCUCAAGUCACUGGAGCUGUCUUACUUCGUUGUGCUCAACCAUGUGUGGGAUUAAUGUGCUCAAGAAACGAAUAUGAUGAAAAAUUCUUACGAACUGUCCUCUCUUGUUGUCCAAAAAAACCCGUUGCAAAUCCUAACAAAGACACUCAUCGCCUAAUGAUUGUGGAUGCUAGAAGCCGUAGUAGUGCACAAUUCAAUCGUAUACGUGGUGGUGGUUUUGAAUAUCCAGAAUAUUACGACCAGGCUGAAGUCGUUUUUAUGGAUUUGCCGAAUUUGCAUACUGUACGUUCGAAUUUCGAAGCCCUCACCAAUUUGUUCGCCGGUAAAUGUCCAAACUGGUUUUCCUCAUUGGAAAAAUCAUCCUGGUUAAACAAUAUUGGUCAACUUUUGAAGACUGCCACAGAAAUUGCCAUCGCUCUAGAAGAAAAUGCUCGUCCAGUCAUGGUUCAUUGCACAGAUGGCUGGGAUCGUACACCUCAAAUAAGUUCCUUGGCACAACUACUGGCAGAUCCGUUUUAUCGAACAAUCCAGGGGUUCAGUAUCCUUGUUGAACGUGAAUGGUUACAGUUUGGACAUAAAUUUGCUGACCGAAGUGGGCAUGCUUCACCUUCAUCAAAUUUGAAUGAACAGAGUCCAAUAUUUUUACAAUGGCUUGAUUGUGUACAUCAAGUUCGAAAGCAGUUCCCUCACUGUUUUGAAUUCAAUGAAUCCUUUUUACUGAAACUUGGCUUACAUAUUUGCUCCAAUUUGUUUGGUACAUUUCUCUGUAAUUCUCAACAAGAACGACAGAAAGCCUCAGUUGCAUCUCGAACCUGUUCACUAUGGGGGUUGCUUUCACCAAAGUAUAAUUGGACCAUCGUAAAUUAUUUUUACGAGCCAGAGGCUGAGGGUCUUCUUCAACCAGAUUUCCAAAUUCGUUCCCUAAGUCUUUGGAGUGCAUUUUAUGGGAUUGCUUUGUCUACAAAUAAAGCAAGUUGCCUAAAUGUUUCACAGAGUCUUUCUGAUACGGUCACCUGCACAAAUACUGCACAUCAAAAUUCAAAAUCUUUUUCAUCUCCUACGAAGCAUAAAUCUUUCUCAUCCAUUGAACCAGCCACUAUGAAAACUGAUCUGAUUUCAAAUUUUAGCUGUGAGAAGUUAUCACAACCUACAGACCAUGAUCGGCCUAUCGAGUCACUGAAAACGGUGGUACCAGAUUUGAGAAUCGACACAUCCGACGAAUUACAAACGGUCAAUAUACGUACUGAUCCAUUCGUCAGAGGAACUGCUUCUGGUCGAAGUUCGCGUCGACGUUCUUUGGGCGAUUUAGUUAGCCACUUGAAUCCUGUAUCUACUAAACAACCAUUGAACGAAUUUUCUCUAUCAAAUCGUAUUUCUUCCACUAUAAUGAAAUCCUCAAGUCAGUGUUUUUAUGAUAAUGAUCUGUGCAACGACAAAAGCAGUCCUGGACCAGCUAUACUUCGUCUUUCAUCUUUUUCUGAUGAUACAGGCAUAUGUUCUAGCUUAUCUAGACCGUGUAUGAGAUCUUCUCUGUCGUCAGUUAGUAAUAGCGGGAGUGCUUUUCCUGGAGACCCAGGUAAAUAUGUAUCUUCUGAAUCUGAUGGACAGUUAACUAUGAGCACAUGUACAUAUGUGAAUCAGUAUCAAAAACAAGAGUGUUUGCUUCCUACGGAUGAGAGUACGGACGUGUUUGCCGCAGAUGAACAACUGGAACAAAAUGAUUUUUCUUUCAGCAAUCGUAGCAACAGCAUUAAUGGGAGUAAUGAUAACAACCAAUCCUCAGGUCGAUUAUUUUACACACAACUUAAUCAUAGUACACAGAACUGUCAGUUUUAUGGAAAAUGUUCACCACUAUCCAUUUCAUCGAGAAACUUCGAGUUUAAUGAUUGUGAUGAUAAUAAUGCAAAUGAUAACGUGAAUACCAGAUUAAGUGGUAAAAUGUCAUACAACUUUCAUCUCGAUAGCACACAUGCAGAUAGCUUUGUUUAUAACAGCCCACGAUGGUCGGUUACUACACGUGGAAGUAAUGCAAGCCUUUACCUGUUAUCAGAUGUGAAACAGUCUUCUGUUGAACUAAUGAAACCAGUAUUAAUGAAUCCCACUCAACCAAUGGAUAUAAAAAUAUCUUAUAAGUCUGGCAAUCAUAACAGUUUAGUGCCAGUUGGGGAUAGUAUCUGUCCUAAUGAACUUGCGGUGCAUAGUUUACCUGAAAAUGAUGAGGUGCUAGUCAAUGGAACUGAAUCAUUAACAUGUGAUUCGGAUAAUUCACCCAAUGAAAGUAAUGAUUUGAAUUUCUCAACACCUGUAGGCGAGUCUUUAUCUAGUCAGGUACCAACAAGCUCAAUCAACGUUUCUACUCGUAACGACAAUUGCACUGAAAGAUGGAAAAAUGCUAAUGGAACCAUAUCCAAACUUAAUGGGAUCAAUAUAGAUGAUGCGUUUACGACGAGGUUCAGCGAACUACUUAUUCCUGAAGAUUUGCUAACCUGGAGAAGUAACUAUUUUCGUUGUGAAUAUUUCCCAAAUAUCCUCUCUCUGUCGUCAUCAUUUUGUAAUGGUAAGAGAAAUUCGUCAUCCGAUCAGGUGUUAGAUGGUUCUAAUAAUAGCAAUAAUCAGGGCUUAAAGUCAGGCGCUUCAUUUGAUUUGAAAAACCAUUCGCCACAAGUCAAUCCUAAAGUGUCUCUACCUGAAUUUACGCACAUAAUAAACAAUGAUGAAGUGCAUCAUAGACCAACAUCAGCCCCACUUAGUCCAACUUUUGCUGUGUCCUACUUUUCUUCACCCGCACUGAAUAAGGAUAAGCCUCCGUUAAAUAUGACUGUUCAAAAUUUACUACCUGAUCAAACAUUACUAAAUGACGUUAUUUCUUUGGAUGAAUUGCAUAAAAAACCGUUAUCUUCAACAUUGAUGAAUACGCUAUCAUGUUUUCCGGAUUGGGAUGGCUUACCUAUGCUUGUAGACCGAUUAACAAUUCAUGCUCAUUCACAGUUAUGCCAAGAACAUUAUAGUCGUAAAACGCAAAAGCAGUCUAUACUUUCACUAGAAGCUAAACUGAAAUAUGCACAGUUGGAAAUAGCACGAUUAAAUUCGGAGACAGAGAGGUUAAAACAACUCCUAGACUUGACUAAAAUGCAUGCUACCCAACAAACAUCAAGUACACCACUUUCAUGUAAUGACCAUUCAUCACUCUCAUCAGUAUUAUCAUCGUAUGAACAGAGGAAAAUGAAUAAUAAUAGUAAUAAAUCCAAAGGACCAGAUAUAUUGACCAAUGAAUUGUUUGUUUCUACGUCAGUUGAUGAAAGUAAUAUUAGAGACGAUAAUUAUCAGUCAAAUCAAUCUCAUCAUAAAACUCAGACAUCUGAUCUGACAGAAUCAACAUUCUUGAAUGCAUCAGGUGACACAAAUUCAUUUGAAUUAAUCGACGCAGAAGAUACCCAGUAUAUUGUUUGGCAACCAGAUUGCAUUGCACAUCAUUGUACGCUGUGUCGUAUUGAAUUCUCAGCAAUGCGACCUAAGCAUCAUUGUCGAAAUUGCGGUUAUAUAUUCUGCGGGAAUUGUUCGGAUCGUCGCAUUGCUGUGCCAACUCAGCCGGGUGAACCAGCUCGUGUAUGUCGUCGUUGUUUUUUUCAACUGUCUCAUCCUUCAGUGAAGUCAUCAAAGCAGCAGUUGGUAGAAGAGCAUACACCAUCUAUUCCUCCUCAGUUAAUGAAAGAUAACGCUAGUAGUAUUAAUGGUGGCCUUGUAAAAAACCUAACUAAUCCUGAUUUUCUGCAUUAUAUGAAUGGCUCACUCACCCCUUCCGCGGGAUGUGCCCCUAUAUCGUCAUACUCUAAUAGUAUGUUACGAAUGACACCGAAUGGAGUAAUGUCUAAUAAUGGUGCGCUUAGCACAACCACUUCUACAACAUACACCGUUAAUCACCGUUUAGAAUCAGUAAUUACCAACAGCCCUCCAUCUAGAUGUCAUAGUGCUGGGGCGCUAGACCAACUUCUUCAGCUACAUCAGAUGGAAUUGCUCAGGCUUAACAAAAGAAUUGUAUAA